CAGGAAUGCCCAUAUCCACCAGCUCAACUCAAUGUGCUGAUGCACUGGGACUACAACCGACUGCAUACCACCACUGUUGGCCAUCCAUCAGCAGCCUCAGGUGUUUCGACACUGAUCCAAAUGUCCAAUUGUUACUUUACCGAAAGGCAACGCUGAAUCAGAGCACAUUAUAUGGGUCCAGCUAUUCACCAUAUGCAAAGAUGAUGGGAAAUCAAGUGAAUGAAUCUGGCCAGAGAAAAGAGUGUAUACCAAUAAACGCUCAAAUUAAAUCUGAAAACGUUAUCAUUUUGAAUAAUGCUGAGUCUACAGUCAGAGUGGGAAAACAGCGGCAUAGGAACGAACAAACACAUCGCUUCGAACGGAUGGCACAAUUAGGCGGACUGAAAGGGCUACCUUCCGUAACAGAUGUGAUCCUCGAAGGAAACCCGAUUAUGAUGGAGAUGAUAUAUCGUCACCCGAGACCAGAUAAGCUUGCACUCAUGUGCACUCAACCUGUGGAGCGAACACUAAACAGCCGUGUUAAAAAGCCACGGAGAAGUGCGCACCCACCGAUUUCCAAUCGUGGUGAUCGUGUCUCCAGCAACCCACCAUCCGGCAUACUUCCCAAAGAAGAUACCCACAUUCCGAAGGCAGAAACAGGUGUUUUUGUAAACAGAGUUGUCAAUAACAGCAACAAGGACGUGGGCAAUGCGAUCACAGCCAGCUGUGAAUCGAAAAAAUACUCAAACAGUAACCGAAGAGACUCUUUACCGAAACGUACCUCCAACUUCAAAGUUGCCUCUCUAGUGCGUUGUCCACGGCCGCGAACAACGAUGAAACAAGACAAGGCGGUGAUGUCGCCGGUCAGUUCUUCCGUCGUCCGAUUUUGUAAGACGCCUGAAAUCUACGUUAGAUGGUCCGUGCAUGACAGAACUCAUUUACGUUUAGCGGGUACCUCAAGGCCGCCGGAAAUCGAUACAAAUACUUCGCGGCCGGUCUCACAUUCAACCUUGAAAAUGGCCUUAUCUGAUCUUACUAUUUAUCGACCAGGGGAUCGAAACAAGCCGGGACUACUGUAUUCGGCUAAAGGUCCAUGCCUGCCAAACAUUCAGUCUCUACUUGUGGAAAAAAUUAAUUGGCAGGAAUUGUUGCCUGAGUUGGCUUACAUUCGUGUCAUUCUGCCAGGUUUGAAGCAUCUCAAACUUGUUGACGUGGGCAUUAGUGAGUUGACGACUGUUCUGCAUCUGGCCCUUAUCGAACGUUUGGAUACCCUGUGCAUCUCACCCACUCCUGGUAAUCCAAUCGUUAAAAAAGCUGGACGGUUUUGGCGUCCUUUUGUGAUUUGGGCGCUGAAGGAUACACUAGGCUUUAGGGAACUGGAUGAACAAGUGGUAACGCAUGACGAGAGAAUGAAAGCAGGUCAAAUCUUCAACUCCAUCGGGCAGCAUUUAAUUCUUCAUGAAUUCACUACUCCAGUUCAAAGUACUGCGGCACGGGAAGAAAACCAAGAAACAUUGAUUGAAGAAAAUUCAGCUUGCUUUCCCAUUUCGAGAAAAGUCGAAUCCAUUGUCAGGUUUUUCAGUAAUUCACCGGAUUUUCGUGCUGAAAAAAAUUUUGGAACUUGGACUGGUGAGGUGGAAACCUCAUCAUGUUCCGAGUUUCAUCAGGCAUCCUCCAUCAACCAAGGAGAUGUGAAUGAAAUACCCAGAGGACUCUAUCUAAGUGAGGAUCUCGUCAAACGAUGGACUGACAUACUGAAGUUGUGGAAGGUCUGUACACAGCGUCAGAAGAGUGUUUGUAGUAUUGUGGAAGAUGAAGCACAAAUGGCUAAUCAGAAGCUUUUUCGCAGAGCCCAGAUGAUGAACAUAUGGCCGCCUGUUUUCAGAGAGCUCGUCGGUUUUCUGUCGACAGACAAUGCAUCCGACACCAUUUGAAGUGACAGUGCUGUACAACAUCAGUGUCUGCCACAUAGUUCCAUACAUGUAAACAUCUAUUCGGGGAU